CAGGACGCACCGCCCGGCGAUCGGCCCGAGCCCGCGCCCCCGCCCCCCACCGAGGGUGCCGGCCGGCGCGCCCCCAGCCCCGGGACUCGGCGCCUCCAGCUGAUGGAGGGCGGCGGGCCUGCCCCCGGGAGCAGGUGACACGCACCGGCGGUCGCCCGGGCGCAGGAGGAGGAAGAUGGCCCGGGAGCUGAGCCAGGAGGAGCUGCUGGACUUCCUGUGCCAGGCCGGGGGCCGGGUGACCAACGCCGCCCUGCUGGGCCACUUCAAGCGCUUCCUCCGGGACCCCAGCGCGCCCCCCGGGCAGCUGCAGCAGCGCCGCGAGCUCUUCAAGACUUUGGUCAACUCCGUGGCCGCCGUGCGCCAGGACCCCGACGGCACCAAGCUCGUGGUGCUCAAGAAGAGGUACCGGGACCUCGUGGGGGAGGAGGGGCUGCGCGGGCCCCGCGGCGACCCCCCGCCCGCCGCUGCGGAGCGGCCGCAGCCGCCGCCGGGACCCUCGGGAGCCUCACCGGCCGCCUCCCCGGGAGCCUCCCCGGGAGCCCCGGCCGCUUCCCCGGGAAGCCGGCGCCGGGCGUCCCGGCUGCGGCAGAAGCCCCAGUCCCCACAGCAACAGCUUCAGCUUCAGCAGCAGCAGCCCCAGCCCCAGCCGCAGCAGCCCCAGCAGCCCCAGCCCCAGCAGCGGCCCCAGCGGACCAGGAGGCAGCCUAGGGAGAAGGAACUAGAGACUGAGCCUUCAGGUGCAGGAGCCCCGGAAAUAGAGUGCAAUGGACUCUCGGCCAGGCCCGGGGAUGCUCCAGAGUCCACCGAAACCGGGAGAGAGGGAGGCAGUGUCAGCCCUGGGAGGCCGGGGGAGGCAGCCGCUGCAGGCCCCUCACCUCAGGCUAGGGUGCGCUGUGCUGCGGCCGGGGCUCAAGGUGGCUGCUUUGGGGACCGUGUUCAGGAGAGCCCUUGGGUUGACUCUACAGAGCCACGCCCCCAUUCACAUGGGAGCCCUCGCUCAGAAGGGCAGCAGGCCGUGGAGCCCAGCUCAGGGGGACCACUCGAAGGUACACCACGUUCUAGCUCCAGCUCAUCCACCAAACCCUCACCGGUGGUCACAGAAACCUUCAGGGCCUCAGGAACUAUCCCUUGCUUGGCAUCCCUUGAUUUCCCUGGGGAUGGCACAGAACUAUUGACUCCAAGUGGACCACAUUCCUAUGCAGCCCAGCAGCAGCAACGCACCCUCGAGUGGGUGGCCAACCACUCCCAGCUCUCUCCACGCAGUGUGGCAGAAAGGAUACAGCAAAGUCCCAGCCGGUUUUGGUGUGUGCUGCCUGAGAACUUCCCGGAGCUGCCCUACAGCAGGGGCCACCCAGCCUCAGAGAGGUUGCCACCUGCUCUCCCUGUUUCCCCUCCUCUCUUACCUGCUGGGCCUUCCAUUUUUCGGAGCAUCCGUUGUCAACUAGAUCUCCAAGAUCUGGAGAACUUUGUGGAAGAAGAGAAUCAUGACAGUGAGGAGAGUACCAGUGGCCCAAGGGAGUCUCCAGGGGAGUUGGAGGAAGCCCCUAGGGUUCCCCUAGAAAACGGAGGCCAGCAAAAACUCAGGACGCCAGCUGGCCAUUUGAUCAAAUCCCAACAGGACAAUAAAUCCCAGGGACCCAUAUUUCGGGGUAAUUACUCCCUUCAACAGAUCCCAGCAAGGGUUGAUGGUCCUGGUGUUAUCUCAACCAAAUCACCCAGAGAGUCCCGUAGCCUGCCUCAAGACCCUAUGCCCUGUCCAACUCUCAGGUUAAAGAGAUCUCUGAGGAGAAGUUCCAGAGCAGAGAGGGGCAGAAUCUCCUCCUCCGAUGAGGAGUUGCUAGAUGAAGACUUAGUAAAAAGGAACCGUAGGCCACCCCGAUCCAGAAAGUCAUCUAGGGCAGGAGCAGUGCCCUGUCCAAAGGUGGAUGCCCCUUUGACCCUGAAGCCAACACAUUCCAAGGGUGUCUCCAGGCAAAGACUGGCAGAUAGAAUUUGGGUUCCCCCUGGGGAUGUGUCUUCUGUCUUAGUUUCACUUAGACCUACUGUACACAAAUCCUCUUUAGUGCCCUUGGACUCCCGGGAGCAUGAAUGGAUUGUGAGACUAGCCAGCGGCUCGUGGGUACAGGCACUGGCUCUGUUUUGGGAAGACCCCCAGCUGGCUCUUCACAAAGACUUUCUGACUGGGUAUACUGCAUUGCACUGGAUUGCCAAACAUGGGGCUCUCCAGGCCCUUCAAGACUUGGUCAAAGGGGCCCAAAAGGCAGGGAUCGUCCUUGACACGAAUGUGAAGUCCAGCUGUGGGUAUACCCCUUUGCACCUUGCUGCCAUCCAUGGCCACCAGAGUAUCAUCAAACUUCUGGUGCAGAGGCUGGAGUCUCGAGUGAAUGUACGGGACAGCAGUGGGAAGAAGCCAUGGCAGUAUUUGACUAGCAAUACCACUGGGGAGAUAUGGCAGCUUCUUGGUGCCCCUAAGGGGAAGCCCAUUUUCCCAGUUUAUUCCUUGGUUAGAAGUCCUUCCCCCACUAGGAAGGCCAAGAGUCAUGAUGUAGCAAGGAACAUAAGCAGAAAGGCCUCCCUUGCUGCAUUACUCAAAAAUCAGCACAACAGAUGGAAAAUGGCCCACCAGCAUGACAAAUCCCGCUCAUCAGGGGAGAGAGAAGAGUACAGUGACUGAAGCGUCCCCUCACUCAAGUGUGCCGGGACAUUCUGAUCUGGAGUUAGCUGGGGAGCAAACUCCACACUCUGCCAAGACCAGAGUCGCUUCUGGCUUAAAAGACUCAGAAGAUGAAUUGCUGGGGAAUUGGGUAGCUGAUUUGCAGGGCACAUCUCCCUAGACUUGGGUUGGUAACCCUGCCAGGACUUGCCUAGUCUUGGAGGCUCUGCUUUCUUAAGCAUGAAUAGAAGACAGGGGGCCAUGGGAGAAAUAUGGAAAUCCUCAGGACAGACUCUCCUUUGUUACCACUGAGUGAAGCACCAGACGCUUGAGCAGAUGCCCCAACAGGAGAGCCAACCAUCUAGAAGGCACUCAGGGCUCCAAGACUUCAACUAUGGCUCAGCCUAUUUUUGUUCAGUGCCACACCCUCCCCCCCCCCAUCCUUUGUAAUAAAUCUUUCUCAAGGGUAUUGGGAAGGCACAAAACCCCCCCAUAUUUCACAAAUCAGUGUUGACCUUUAUUUUGUGUACUUUGGUAAAAUCCAUUCUAUGUAUGAAAAAGAGGAAGUAGGUUCAAAAUCCCUCCACCUCCAACCCCUAGUAUUUGGUUGUUUCUGCAGUUCCAGGUGGAGGGGAUUGGUGAAGCUUUGGAGAAUCAUUUCUCUGACCAUUUUUUUUUUUGUAUCAUGGACCCCCAUCCCUACCUCUGGUCAGUCUGGUGAAGCCUAUGGACCCCUUCUCAAAAAAUGUUUUUAAAUAUUUAAAAGAAAUGUUGAAUUUUGGAGGUUAAUGAAAAUAAAGAUGUAUUUUUUUCCCAUCCAAAUGUAGGGACUCCCUGAGAUAUAUCCAUAGACCUCCCUUGAGGGUUCAUGGACACUCCCUCACUUUUAGGUUAAGUGGGAAGGAUGGCUGAUUAAGGAUUUGAAAGAGAUCCAAUCAUGAUCUUGUGCCCCUCCAAAAAUGCAUCAAGUUUUGAAUGGCCAACCAAGGAGUCCCUGAUUAUAGUGGGUACUGAAUAAUUGAGUUAAAGGAUGAAUAUUGCCUUAUCCACAUUGUGGGGAAGGGGAGGGGAUGAAAUGCAAUUUCUGGAGCUGCUGGUAAAAAUUGAAUUUGCACUAAAUGUAUCCAGUGAAGACUGGAUGGAAGCACAUCAUCUCAGAUCUAUUCUAGGAAAGAAGUUAGCCCAUGUACCUUGUAAUGGGAUGGAAAGAUUUCAGGACAUAAAUGGAAAGAAUGAAUAGAAACACAAUCUAAUUCUAUGCAAAAAAAUGUUAGUUCUAAAUGAAUGGCAGAGGGGAAUGUUAAUUUUAUUCUGCAGUCUUUUAAUGGACAGUCAAUA